AUGCUGUUUGAUUCACGACCUCGUUUUAUUUCUUUCGUGACUAUUAUAAUUGCAUUUUUCAUUGGCUUUUUUUUCUUGGCUCAACAACUCAUUCAACAAGAUGAUCUUGUAAAAGCUGGUGAUAAUUGGUUAAAAGAAAAUCUCGAGGCUUAUUUACUAGAUAAUAAAUUGGGUCAUGGUAGUUGGACUAAAAUCUUAAGUCAUCAAGACUUCCCUGACUACCAAAUUAGACUAAAAGAACCAAAAUUAUGUGAUGCUUCUGUUCAACAGUAUUCUGGAUAUCUUGAUAUUAGUAAAAAGAAACACUUCUUCUUUUGGUUCUUUGAAUCUAGAAAUGAUCCAAGCAACGAUCCUAUUGUUCUCUGGCUAAAUGGUGGUCCGGGUUGCUCUUCUUUAGCUGGCUUGUUUUUUGAACUUGGCCCUUGCUCAGUUAAUGAAGAUGGAGCUGAUACUACUAUCAAUCCUUAUUCAUGGAAUUCUAAUGCUAGCAUCAUUUUCUUGGAUCAACCCACGAAUGUUGGAUACUCUUAUGGUUCCAAAGUGAGUACGACCUUUGCGGCAUCCAUUGAUGUGUACGCAUUUCUACAAAUCUUUUUCCAAGAGUAUCCUCAAUAUGCACACUUGGACUUUCACAUUGCCGGCGAAUC